AUGCCGAUGCUUCUCGAAGGGUCCUGCCAUUGCCGCGCGAUCAAGUACACCGUCGAGUCGAACACUCCCGUGCCGUACCAGCUCUGCCAAUGCAGCAUUUGCCGCAAGACCGGCGGAUACACGGGAACAGUGAACAUUAUGGGUAACAACCCGACGCUGAAGAUCAUUCGCGGCAAGGACAAGAUGAAAGAGUACUCGGCCCCACUCGCCUUUGACGCCCAGGACCGCGUGACCAAGAGGUGUAAUUCUGUGCGCACGUUCUGCACCGACUGCAGCAGCAUGCUCUGGAACUGGGACUCUGAGUGGCCCGACUGGAUCUACCCGUACGCGUCGUCCAUCGACACAGACCUGCCCCCGCCGCCCAAGGGUGUCGAGUGUAUCUCGGUCCUGCGCGACUCUUGUCCCGAGUAUGUCCCCAUUCCAGUGGGGUUCACGGCAUACGAUGGCUAUGGACCUGGACUCAGCAUUGAGGACUGGCACAAGAAGAACGGCUGCUGGAUUGACUAA